AGCAGGGAUCAGAGAGAGCAGAGGACGUCUUUCGGCUCCAGAGACAAGUACCAAAGCAACGCUGUGCGCGCGACCUGAGCUUCGCCCCGCUGAUUUAACCUCUGGAGCAGUGCGCAGCAGCCUUCGCACGCACCACGCCUGCCGGCGGCAGAGAGCAGGCCCUCACUGCUACACUGUUCUCACCAAAUCCACGCCCUACGAGCAAAGCACACCUUCACGGAUGGGAGGCGCCACAGAUGUCGUCCACCGGCGCUGCGGCGACCGGCCGUGCGAGGAGAUGGACGACCGCGUCGUCGAGGAGCUUCGGGCAUUCAUAUCGCAGCGCUACUCCAGCUUCAUGACGUCGACGCUCACAUUCCGGCAUUUGAAGCAGCACCUCUCCGAUACACUCGGCCUACCGUACGGGAUGUUUUCGUUGCCCGACGGGCGAUACGCGGACACGCUCGACGACGAGGUCGACGCGAUUGCCGUGCGCUGCGACGGUGGUGCGAGGGACGUGGAGUGCGUGUCCCAACCAGGCUACGUGCCGCGGGAACCGCGCCUGCGUGUGCACCACGUCGCGGGCUAUGGCGUGCUCGUGCUCCUCGCGGUCGUGUUGUUUCGAAAACGGCCGCGACGACGAAGUGUCGAUAAGGAUAAGUAGUCAGCUUCGUUCUCCAAUUCUCCAACGAAACCGAGAGUGAUGCUCUGGUGCGGGAUAGAGCGAGGGUGCGCGAGACCAGCCCCCUCGACCGUGCGGGUAUCAGCGGAGCGCGAAGGCUCCCGCUCCCGGCCUUCCGCAUGCGCCAGAGGUACACGCCCGAUACAGUGGAAUUUCCGCUGUCCGCGCCGCCCGCGGCGACGCCGACGCACGCGACCAGAAUCGCGCGAAGCAUCGUCCCUCGUCACAAACCAGCGACGCCCGACAAGUCUUCGGAGGGGAGAAGUAAACGUUGGUACGAGUGUUCUGGAUCACCCCAGGACGACCCCGCAGGCUCGAUAGAGGGCUGCUAGCAAACUGCUAAAAGAGCUCUGAAAGCUCACAGAAGGGCAGCAUCGUAUCAAAACUGCUUCUCGCACGCGUAUUGCGCCGACCCUGCAUCGUAGCGGACUAACGGCAGCCAUAGAACGCACGAGCAAAGGGCAGCAUCGCAUCAAACCGCUUCUCGCACGCGUAGUGACGCAACGCGCACCGGUCAAAGGGCAUGGCGGUGGGCAACAACCCCCAACCGGUCGACUUGCGGGGCGCCAGCCCCCGGCGGCCCCAGAAAUCGCCGCCGACCGAACCGAUCGUCGUCCACCAGCCCGCGGCGGUGGUCGCGGAGCGGGCGGUCCAGCUCGACCGGAACGCGGCGCCGUGGUUCGUCGGCGUCAGCGGCGAGCUGCUCCUGGACGCGCUCCACCACGUCGACGACCCGGCGCGCGUCUCGCCGGCGGCGCGCCGGACCGUUUUGCAGACGCUGAGCCUCCCGCGGCCCGGCUUCGUGCCGCCCGCCGACCGGGACGACGAGGCCGUCUGCCGACUCGCGGUGCGCCUCGCGCGGAGCUCGUGCGACCCGGCGCAGCUCCUGAGGUGCGACGACGUCGCCGCGCUGAGCGCCAAACUCGGAUCGGCGCACGAUCGGGACGCGGUGCGCGAGGCGCGCCGAUUGACGCGGCGCGCGGACGGCCUCCGCUUCGCUUUGGACGAUAGGGCGGUCGACGCCGCGCGCGCGCGCGGCCCGGGCGUCGCGGUCGGCGCCGUGCACGCGCUCGCGGGCGGCCUCCACCAGGUCGCGCUGCGCCUCGACGUCGAUAGGGCCGUAUUCAUGCGGGCGGCGCGCGCGUGCCUCGGCGCGCUCGCGAUGCUCUGCGCGCCGCCCGUCGACGAGGCCGCGACGGCGUUCCUGACGGACCCGCUCGGCGCCUUCCUGGCCAAGGCGCUCGCGGAGGGGGACGCGGCGCCCGUCCGCGCGCCGACGGCGCGCCUGCUGCGCCGGCUCGCGACGCACGAGACCGCGCUGGCGUCGUUGGUGGGCGGCCACCGCGCGUCCGUGCUCGAGGCCGCCGUGCGGUGGCUGCCGGAGCCGGGCCCGGCGGAGAGCCGGAGGGACUUCGCCCGCUUCCUCUGGACCGUGGCCCAGCGCAAGGAGCGCGCGCUGACGCUCGCGACACCGCAGCACCUCGUCCCGAUCCUCGCGCGGAUCAAGGACGCGGCGGACGACGACGCGAUCCGCGAGGACUGCUGCGGCGCCCUGGCGGCCGUGACCGUCCACAGGGACGCCCUCGCGCGCUUGUUCGCCUUUCACCAGAAAUCUGGGAAACGGCGUUUAAUAGACGAGGUGCUCGACGUGCUGCAGCCGACGCUGGGCGCGGCCUUCGGCGAACUCCACACCGGAGAGGAGGGCGCGGCGCCGUUCCGCGCGGCGCUCAGCGGCGCCGCGAACCUGUGCUUCGUCGCGAUCGUGUGCGGGCGGGCGGACGGGCGCGACACGCAGCACCACGCGCACGCGCUCAAGCGGCGCCUCGCGACGCGCGUGGAGCGGGCGCUGGCGGGCGUCGAGGUCGGGCGCGCCUUCCACUUCAGCGCGGAGCGGGUGCGGCGGCCCGACCUCGAGGACCAGCGCGCGCGCUACCACGCCACGCGCCUGUUGUGGGGCGUGCUGCGGCUGCGGGUGCUGCCCGGCGACGCCGAGCUCGAGGCGCACGACGCCGCGGCCCGGGAGGCGGCGAGCCCGGACCGGGACCGGCGGCUGGACGAGGCGCGGCGCGCGCUCCACGGGGUGGCCUCGGGGCACGCGUACGGCGACCUGCGCGACGCCGGCCUGGACUCCCUGGCCAAGGCGACGCGCGCCCUGGACGUGGCGCGCUGCAGCGCGGGCGUGGCCCGGCCGGACACGCCGGCCGCGGACCUGGGGCGGCACCAGAUCCAGGACCUGCUGCGGGUCGUCGUCGACGAGACGUUCCGAGAGGACGAGGAGCCCAUCCGGUGCUUCGCGGCCUGGACUCUCGCGCACUACACGCUGCGGAAGAACGACUUGGCGCACGUGGCGAACCAGGACGCCUUCGCGCGCCUGGCGUCGCUCGUCGUCGACGGCGACCUCGUCGGCGCCGUCUCGAGGAAGGCCAAGGCCGGCGACCUCGAGGCGAACGACUACGCGCUCCUCACCGUGAGGCUCGUGGCGCGCACCCUGAAGAACCUGGCCGGCCACGAGCUCACGGCGGCGCUCGCGGCGGACGGCGCGACGAAGCGCGACGAGAGCUCCGGGGAACUGCGGGCGCUCAACAGGUUGGUGAGCGUGGGCUGGGAUCUGGUGGGCCGGGUCCCGGACCGGCCGAAGUUAAGGAGGUUUCUCCUCCGGGGACACCUGGCCGAGGAGCUCGCGGCCUGCGACGCCGACGGUCCGUGCUAUCGAUGCACGCCCUACGCGAUCGCGGGCGCCGGCCGGGACCGGCGGCGCGCGGAGGCGCCCGAGCUGGCGGUACGCGCCGAAGUCGGCGACGUCGUGAGCGGCGAGGCCGCGGACAACAUCAGCGUGCUGGACGAGGCCGCCCAGGCGCUCGAGCGCCUGGCGGCGCACAAGCGCGCCCGCGAGGAGUUCGCCUCGCACGGCGUGCUCCAGAACGUCGUGGCGCUGGCGCUCGCGGGGAACGCCGGCCCGCACGCGAGCCGGCCGGGACGGUACAAGUUCGACGCGGCCGUGGCGUUCGAGGCGCUGAUGGACGCGCCGCGCGAGACCUUCCAGCGCGUCGUGACGCUCGCGCCCGACGCGCGCGGGAAGCACCGGGCGCGCUGGCUCGUCGGGGACGUCGCGCGGCUCGUCGUCCAGACGCUCGAGGACGGCGAGGCGCGGCCGGCGCGCCUCGCGCUGCAGCUCUGCGCGCGGCUCGUGGCGCACGACUACGCCGACGGCGCGGACGCGCGGCCCCACGGGAACGACGUCGUCGACGCGGGCGAGUCCGACGACGACGACGCGGCGCACCGACUCCGCGAAGGCGACCAGGUCCUGGUGUACGCCGCCAAGCUCUGGGAGGGGCCGCGCAGCGGCCGGUGCGUGGGCGCGCGGGGCGACCGCGUCGACGUGCGGAUGGACCGGGGCGGCGCGUUCGCCGACGUGCCGGUCGUCGCGGAGGCACCGUUGAAAGGAGAGGCGCCCGUCGCGCGCCCGGCGACGGCGGCUCCGGAAAGGGACUGCGCGAGCCUGUUCCUGCACCUCGCGCGGCUCCACGAGCGCCUGGGCCGCGCCCUGGGGAAGCAGGACCCGGAGGACGCGCGGACGCUCGGCGCGACGUGCGACUUCGUCGAGGCCCUGGCCGAGACGGCGAAGCGCUACCUCGCGCUCGGCCACGCGCGCGAGGCCCGCGCGGUCUUCGAGGCCGUGGCGCCCCUGUGCACGCGGCAGCUCGCCCGGCUCGCGCCGGGCCCCUGCGACGCGACGAGCGGGACGGUGCCCCUGUACCUGCGCCUGCUCGCCGCCGGGCACACGGAGCCCCACGUCAAGCGGCACGCGCUGCGGGCCGUCGACGCGUGCCUCCUCCGCCGCGCGCUGCCGUCGUCCGACGUCCAGGGGAAGGUCGUGCUGAUGGCCGAGUUCGGCCUCAGCAGGGAGGACGCCAGCCAAGCGCUCCACGACGCCGGCGGCGACCUCGAGCGGGCCCGGGCGGCGCCGGCGCCCGUCGAGGCGACGCGGACGCCCGCGACGCCGCGCAGAAAGACGAGCACGGCCGACGCGGAGUACCUGGCGUCCUUGUUCCGGGCGCUGCUCCGCGUCGAGGAGCUCGCGCGCGCGCGCGACGACUCGCGCCGGACGCGCGCGCUCGCGGGCGAGCAGGCUCGGCUCGCCGGCAUGGUCUCGGACGACACGCUCCGCGCGUACCACGACCGCGCCGCGUCGUUCCGGCCGACGCGGUCGGGCCUCGCGCGCCUCGGCGACGGGUCGUCGCGCGCGUCGUCGUUCCGGUCCGGGCGCCUGGCGUCCACGCCGCAGUCGCGCUCCGCGCCGGGGACGCCCUGGACGCCGCAGCGCCAGCGCGACGCGGAGACGCGGGGGCGCGCGGGCGUCGUCGACACGCUGCUGUACGGGGCCCUCGCGGAGCGGUCCGACGCGCGCGACGGGAAGGAGACGGAUCUCGGGCCCGUGCACGCGCUGCUGCGGCGCGCGUGCUGCGCGGUCGUGGAGGCGUCCAUCGCCGCGGUGGCGGACGCGGCGCCGCCGGCCUCGAAGAAAUUUUUCAAGGGGGACGCGGUGCUCGCGGACUGGAACGGCCGCGGCACGUACUACCCGGGCACGAUCGUCGCGACGAAGGGCACGGCGUACGACGUGCGGUACGCGGACCGGGAGACGGAACGUAACGUCACGCACGCGCGCAUCCGGCGCAGGGGCGACGCGCGCCUGAGCACGCGCGAGCACGAGUUCCGGCGAGGCGACCGCGCGCACGGCGCGGCCGACGCGGAGGCCCGGGAGGCGUGCCGCGGCGCGCUGCGAGCCCUCGCGGAGCUCGGGGCGCGCCGCCUCGCGGCGCAGGGGCACGCGAGCGACGCGCGGCCGACGGAGACGCCGGCGUUCGCCCGGGCGCUCGUCACGUGCCUCAAGUGCCACCCGGCCUGCGGCGGCUCCGACCGGUUGCUGGCGGUCGAGGCGUGCGGCCUCGCGCCGCGGCUCUGCGCGGACCUGAACCAGCGCCUGGGCCUCGUCUUCCCCGCCGCGGGCGGGGCCGACGCGGCGUCGGGCGUCCUGCCCCCGCUCGCGGCCCUCGCGGCGGCGGAGGACGUCGCGGCGGCGGCGGCGGCCGCGCGGUGCCUCCGCAUCGUCGUCGAGAACUCGACGGCGUGCCGCGAGGCGCUCGUGGCGCACGGCGGCGUGCGCGCGUUGGUCGUGGCGUACGCGCGCGGCGACGCGCGGUGCCGGGCCGACGUCAUGGACGCGCUCGCGGCGCUCGCGCUGACGGCGAAGUCCCUCGCGGAACUCAAGACCGACUCGGCGGCGCUGCUGCUCCUGCUGCGGUUCAAGGCCGCGGCGGCGAGCUCGACGAGCGAGGCGUCGGCGCAGACGACGGCGCACGCGGAGCGCGCGCUCGGCCACAUCGCGGCCUCGCCCGCCCUCGUUUUCGUGUACGCGCUCCAGACGUGUGCCAAGCAGGUCGACAAGUUCCAGCGGCCCUGGGUCAAGGACGCCCGGCGCGGGUGGGUCCUCGCCGACGCGCCGGACCGGGACGCCUCGGUGGGCGUCGGUCUCCUGCGUCCGGGCAUCGACGACUUGCUGCGCCUCGCGUGCAACGGCGUCGAGGCCGAGGCGCGCCACGGCGGCGCCGCGGACGUCCUCGUGAGUCACGGCGCCCUGAAGCUGCUCGACGACAUCAUAAAAGUAAGGGACGCGGCCGUCGUCGCGACGGUCGCCGGCGCGCUCGCCUCGCUGCUGCAGCAGGUCGGGUCGAGGCCGUGCGACGACGCGACGCGCGACACGUGCAAGGACGUCGCCGACCGCCUGCUGUCGCUGGUCUGGCCGCUGUCGCACCGCGCCGCGCGGACGGUGCAGCAGGCCUUCAUGCGGAAGCGCCACAACCAGAACUGGGGCGGCUGCGCGCUCGUCGUGGCGACGCCGCGCCUCGUCGGGCUGCUGGCCCUGGCGCUGGAGCGGGCGGACCUGCACCUGGACCUGGGCCUGUACCUCGUGCGGCGGGGCGCGCUCGACGCGCUGGCCGCGCGCCUGGCCCCCGACGGCCACGCGCGCGACGAGGUCUUCGGCGCGCGCGUCGACGACUCGCACCUGGGACUUGGCGAUAGGCACGCGGCGGCGGACGCGGUCCGGGCGUCCGUCGGCGCGGCGCCGCGCCACCUGCCGCCCGUCGUCCAGGUCCUGUCGGCGCUCGCGCGCCUCGCCGUGCACGCGCCGCCGCACGCCCCCGCCGGGAACGUGGCGCGGUCCCUGUCCAUCGUGGGCGCCUUCCACCGGAGCCCGCGGUGCCGGCACCUCGCGACGCUCGCGCUGCGGCGGCUGCGGCCGCAGGCCGCGACGCGGGGCGACACGUUCUUCGGGCUGCGGGCCGGCGACGAGCGCCCGACGCCGCCGCACCCGCGGACGUGGAGCGACGACGACGCCGCGACGUGGCUCGGGGCCGUCGGCUUCGGGGCCGUCGGCGCGGCGCUGCGCGCCUAUCUCGCGGACGUCCGGGACGAGCGCGAGACGACGCGCAAGCGCGCGGGCCGCAUCAUGGCCACGAAGCGCGAGCGGCGCGCGGCGCUGCUCCGCCGCAGCCGCGCGUCGAUCGACGCGGACCUCGGCGCCGGCGCGCUCCUGCUGCGCCUGGCGGCGCGGGACGUCGACGCCGCCGGCGCGCUCGGCGCGCACGUGGCGAAAGCGGGCGUCCACCUCGACGUCGAGGCCUUCUGCGCGGAGCUGCGGGAGCUCCACCUGCGCGGGCGCGAGGCCGAGGUCCGCUUCGGCCAGUCCAUCCGGUUGCCGCGCGCGCUGCUCGACGAGGAGGCCGAGGCGACCGACGACCACGCGAACGGCAUCGUCGUGCUGUCGGCGGCGCACGUGAGGCGGUACCGGGCGCUCGUCGCCGAGGCGGAGCACGUCCUCCGUCGGUGCGCCGACGGCACGGACCGCAAGGAGGUCGACGACCUGACGGUCCGCGUCCUGAGCUGCGCCAAGCAGGCGCUGGACACGUUCGACGAGAACGACGACGGCGCCGCGCGCCGCGCGGCCCGCGAGGCGGUCAGCGUGGCCAAGGACGUGCGCGACGCGGUGGCGCUCCACCGCGUCAAGGUCCGAGCGACGACGGGGGGCGAAGACACGCUCUGGUACGAGCUCUCGGCGCACACGACGCUCCAGUGGUUCAAGGACAACCGGGAGCGCAGCCGCCGCAUCACGGGCGGCGACGACGUGUGCCUCUGGCCCUCGGACGGCGCCGGCCCGGAGGCCGCGCGCGCGCGCAUGCACCGCCGGAGCAAGCGGACGCCCGAGUCGAUGCUCCAGAAGUACGCGGCGAUCCGGGCCGUGGACGCGCGCGGCCUCGCGCACUGCUUCGAGGUGCGCAUCGUGAACCCGGACGCGCUCGGCGAGGACAAAAUCACGGCGCUGAUGGGCGCCGCGCGCGACUCGGACAUCGACACGGUCAAGCUGCUCUACGACGGCGUCGACGCCUGUGUGGAAAUCAACCAGUGCGUCGGGUGCACCCGACAAUUCUUCAUUAAGUCAUUUUUCGGCGAUGACGCGGCCGUCCUGGCUCCGUCGAGCGGUGAGGAACCGGUAUCACCACGCCAUCGAGCAGGCGUCGCGUCGAUGGCGUGGAGGACGACGCGACGGUUCAGCACGAACCCGCCGUAAAAUUUUGAUUUCCACACAGGUCGACGCCGAGGUGCAGGAGGCGCGGCGGGGCGACGCGCCGACGCAGCGGGACGCCCGCUAUGCCUGCCUCCCCUGGCCGGCGCGGCCCGACGCGUGGGACGCCACCGGCAAGACGGCGCUCCACCAUGCGCUCCUGGCGGUGCGCGCGUCCGUCGACGUGUCGUUCGAAGCGACGGCGGCGGCCGUCGACGUGGCGCGACUCCUGCUGGACCGCGUCGGCGACGCCGACGCCUACGAGUUUGGCGCCGACGUGACCACAUUCAUGGCCGGGGACGUGCCGGACGACCUGGUGCCUCGACCCCUGGUGAUAUGCGGCUCCGCCACGUUCGAGGGCAUCACGUUCGAGGACGCGAACCGACCCACGGCCAGGGAGAGCUUCCGGGACGCGAUCGGGGGCGUCGUCGGGCGGGAGGUGGAACAUCUGUCGCUCGCGCGCGUGGCGGCGGACGGCGUGGUCGUCGCCUUCGGGAUCGGCGCGACGGCCGACGAGCUCGCGGCGGCGGCGCCCGGGGCGAAGAGCUCGUCCUGGGGCUCGGCCAUCGGCGCGUCGCCGCUGGCCUUCGGGGGGUCCGACGUCCAGCCCUGGAUCGCGGCCGUCGCGUCCAAGCUGCGAGCGGCCGAGGACGACCCGUCCCUCCUCGACAACGCCCUCGCCGCGGCGAGUACCAGCUGCGGCUUGUAUACAACAUUCGCCAAGGUCAAGACGACGAGCAUGGACCUCAAAUCGACGACGGCCGCGGCGAUCGCCGUCGAGAGCUACGGGGCGGCGGUCGCGAGGGGCACCGCCGGCCUCGGCGGCGAGGCGGACGCGCCGAGGGACGAGAGGGUCAAGCUCCUGGACGGCCUGCUGGCGCACAUGUUCGCGCGCGGGAUAGCGCUCACGCCGGAGGCCGUCGCGCUCGCCCGGAAGCAAGGCCUGCUCGAGCGGAUUCGCUACGUGUACGUGGAGCACGUCCGCGACCGCGACGCCCUCAAGGAGAUGCUGGUCGCGCGGACGGACGUCUUCCUGCGGAGCGGGCCGCCCGCCGAGGGAGAAGAUCCGGUCGCGGAGUGGGAGCGUCCCGUCUUCAAGUGCAAGAACCUCCAGGACGCCUCGAAGAAGAUGUGGGACGAGCGGCACCGGUUCCUGAACAACCAGAAGAUCUUCCGCUACCUGCUCUUCAUGAUGAUGGUGCUGGUGGUGGCGUUCUUCUGGGUGGGCAUGGACUUCGUGUUUCUGUCGCGGGACGGCGCGCAGCAGGCCGUGGCGAUGCGCUUCGUCGACGAGGAGUGGUCGCCCGGGAACACGUUCAUGGAGCUGGCGACGCCGGGCGACUGGUGGGCCUGGGCGGAGGGGCCGCUGCUGGACGCGCUCUACGAGGACCCGCUGCCGGUGUGGGACGGCCGGGGGCGGCCCCGCGCGGCGGCGGCGGCGCAGCGGCGCUUCCCCCUGCUCGGGGGCCUGGGCACGGCCGUCGGCGCGCCGCGUUUGCGCAUGCUUGCCACGAAGCCGGGCAAGAGCGGGCCUACCGGCGCCUGCGGCUACGGCCGGCUGCCGGGCGCGAAGAGCGACCGGGCGCGCCUGGCGGAUCCCAAGGAGGAAAGUUUCUGCUUCAGCUACUACUCCGAAAAGACGGAGCUCAAGAAAGACCUACGCGCGACCGACGCCCGCGUCGGGAAAGCGCUCGAGCACCGAAAAACCGGGGAAGGGUCGUGGCAGGGGUGGCGCUGGCGGGCGCCCAAGGUCUACGGCUACCAAAAGGACCUGUUCCACGGCUACCCGGGAGCCGGGGGCUACCUCGCGCACUUUCCCCGCGACCCCGAGGCCGGAGCGGCGCUCGUCGAAGGCCUCAAGAACACGUCCUGGAUCUCGGCGAACACGAGGGCGGUCUUCUUCGAGGCCGUCGUGUACGCGCCGGCCGACCACUGGGGGUACAACCUCCUGGUCGAAGUGGCCCUGAACGCCGAAUUCUCGCCGACGGGCGCCGUCGUGACGAGCGGCCGCGUGCAGUCGUCGCGCAUCUUCCUGUACGACACGUGGCGCGACUUCGUGCGCCUCGUGCUCGAAGUCCUCGUCGUGCUCUACGUGUGGUACUUCGAGAUGCGGGAGGAGGUCCAGCAGAUCACGCUCAAGGCCCUCUCCGGCGACGCCGCCCAGUCGGAGAUCAAGGCGCUCCGGGAGUGGCGGCGGAACUUCGCCUCCGCGCUGGGCGAGUACUGGAACGCGCACUUUAACUUCCUCGACGUCAUGCGCAUCCACGUCUUGUACGUGUGGAUCGUGGGCGUCCACGUCUGCGGCGUGUGGUUCACGCACACCAUCCCCUGGCGCGACCUCAUGUUCGAUAGGGAGCGCGACCCGACCGCGUACGUCAAGGACGCGGCCGACGUGUCGUUCGCGCUCCAGCUCGCGCGGGUGCGCAUGAUGUUCGUGGCGCUGUACGUGGCGCUGUGCUUCCUGAAGCUGCUCAACAUCAUGAGGGUCCAGGACGACCUCUUCGUGAUCAUCAUCAUCGAGAUGUUCAAGAAGGUCAUCUCCUUCCUGAUCGUCGUGCUCAUCAUCGUGAGCGGCUUCGCGUUCUUCGCGUUCUUCUCGCGCAUCGGCGGGUCCCAGGCUGUGUGGAAAUCAAAUUUUACGGCGCGUUCGUGCUGAAUCGUCGCGUCGUCCUCCACGCCAUCGACGCGACGCCUGCUCGAUGGCGUGGCGGUGUGAAUUCCUCGCCGCCCGACCGAGCCAGGACGGCCGCGUCAUCGCCGAGAAAUGACUUAGUGAAGAAUUGUCGGGUGCACCCGACACACUGGUUGAUUUCCACACAGGUCCCAGGCGGCCAUGGGGGGCACGCCCGACAAGAUCGGCGGCGGCGACGUCUUCUGGCACACGCUGUUCCAGCAGUUCGCGCAGCUCAACGGCGACUUCGACUUCGCGGAGAGCUGGCACCUGUGUGGAAAUCAACCAGUGUGUCGGGUGCACCCGACAAUUCUUCACUAAGUCAUUUCUCGGCGAUGACGCGGCCGUCCUGGCUCGGUCGGGCGGCGAGGAAUUCACACCGCCACGCCGUCGAGCAGGCGUCGCGUUGAUGGCGUGGAGGACGACGCGACGAUUCGGCACGAACGCGCCGUAAAAUUUUGAUUUCCACACAGGCUGGCACACGGCGCAGCUCGCCGGCGUCGCCUGGACGCUCUUCGCGCUGAUCGUCCUGCCCAUACUGCUCAUGAAUCUGCUGAUCGCGAUCAUGAGCGAGGCCUACGAGGAGGUCAAGGCCCACGCCGCGGCGCGGUUCUGUCACCUCCAGCUCGACACGCACUCCGACGAGUACGCGCGGAAGCGGCGGCAGCGGCUCGGCAGCGGGACCGGGAAAGGAUACACGUGGGAAUUCCUCACGCAGUGGAUGGUGCUCAUAUUCGCGAGCGUCUUCUUUCCGUUUUUGGCGCUCUACGACCUGUAUUGCAGGGCGUGCGCCAGCCUCCGGGCCCUCUACAAGUACACGGAGGGCUUUUUCGAGAUCGAGGAGGAGUUUGCGGGGACCGAGACCCUCGCGCGGCGCCAGGCGCGGCGAUGCUUCUACGCGUGCUUCGCCAGGACGCGCGCGUCGGGCGCGAAGGUCGUCCCCACCACGCCCAAGGGCGGCGCGGCGGCGUUCGACGAUGAGACGCUGCUCCGCGAGUCGCGGCGGCGCUCCGUAGCUAAAGUGUUGUGAUAAUCGAUUGAGUUAAACAUUACUAUUAU